GCCGCGGGCCCCAAGAAGGGCAAGAAGGCCCUGACCUUCACCAUUGACUGCGCAAAGCCUGUGGAGGACAAGAUCAUGGAGAUUGCUUCCUUUGAGAAGUUCCUGGUUGACAAGAUCAAGGUCGGCAACAAGACUGGCGUGCUGGGCGACAACGUCAAGGUGAGCCGCGACAAGACCAAGAUCACGGUGACGUCGGAGAUCGCGAUGAGCAAGCGGUACCUCAAGUACCUCACCAAGAAGUACCUGAAGAAGCACAACGUGCGCGACUGGCUGCGCGUCAUCGCCUCCAACAAGGACCGCUCCGUGUACGAGCUCCGCUACUUCAACAUCGCAGACCAGGCGGAGGAUGAGGAUGAGGAC